AUUUGUUUUUUCUUUGGAAGCAUGCAGCCUCGGUUGUUUCCUCUUCCUCCGGCUCGGCCCUUUCCUGUGACCUCGUGCUUCCUCCCAUUCUUUACUCUCUCCUGGAAAAUGAAAAGGAAAGUUUCUACGAGACUGCAAAGAUUCUCUAAAUCACAUUAAAAAAACGAGGAAAAUUGGAACCAAAAAUAGAGAAGUUGAAGAGGAAGCUCCGUACCUCAGAUGCAGACUGGUAAGGUGGACGCCGUCAGUCUGGACGGAGGAAUGCAGAUAUACUGGAUCUGCAGCUCCUUUUCUCCUCUGCUCUUUGUUUCCAGUAGGUAAACAAAGAUGGCGGACACACGAAGAGUGACAGAACCGGGCAGAAAGAAAUGGGUUGUUCCACAGAGAAGUCCACCUGAUGAGAACAAACCGAGUGUCCGUCCUCCUGAAAUAGAAGCGGAGAGAAGUCUGGCAGUUCCUUUCAGAGGUCACAUCACAGGAGGGAUGUGUCCGGGGAAAAAGGUUGUUAUGGUCGGGGUUGUUGACUCUCGUCCUGACAGGUUUUACAUUGCCCUGACUUGUGGUCGUGGUACAGGGGGGGAGCCUCCUGUGGACGUGGCUCUGGAGCUUUGUGUUAGGUUCAAGGACCGGCAAAUCCUGCGACGGGCCUGUGAGUCCGGAUCCUGGGGAGAGACCGACAGAGCCGUGCCUUUCUUCCCCUUCAUCAGAGGACUGCCCUUCAAGAUUGAGAUUCACUGUGAACACAGCCGUUUUCGUGUGUUUGUGGACGGACAGAAGCUGUUUGACUUUCAGCACAGGUUGACGUCACUCAGAGACAUUGACACAUUGUGGAUCAAAGGUAGCGUCGCUAUCACUAAACUGGCCUGAAGGAAAACUCUGCACUGCUGAACAUUUGAGAAGAUCUCACACAGGACUUUGCUGAGCUCAAACUGCCACGUCUCUCGUUGUCUGGACGUUCUCUGUAUUCAAUGUGGACCUUUUUUACAAAAUGUUUAAUAUGGAGAGAAAAAAGUUUAAAAAAUAAGUUUUAUGAUCACACAAUAAUGCGUAAGAUCAGCAACUUCCAUGUUUUUGAACACAUUAUGCAUUCACUCCUGACUAUUUUGUACCAAAUACUUAAUAUAAAGAAAAAAGUAAUCUUAACUUUGGUGAGAAAUAAUUUUUUGAUCUGAUGAAACAGUUUGAAAACCUGCAUGUGAGACUGUGUCGAAACAAACACCCAGACCAAAAGAAAAAGUUUGUUUCCAGAGCAUCUAUGAAAUGCUCUUUUGUUGUUUGCAUUGUGUCACUUAGUUGUUUUAGAGGUAAGGUCAUAUUUGACAAAGUCACACAAUAACACACAUUAAAUAACAGAUUGAGGAAACGGUAGACCAGCCACUUCUCUGCAAGUAAAAUGACUUUGUUUCCGAAAAGAGUUUAGUGGCUCUGACGAGAGUAGAUAAUGUUUUCAGUUCCCCUUUGAAAAGAGCCGUCUGACAACAACGCAAAGUUUUCUAAAUACAGUGUACACUCUCACUGAUUUUGUUUAUUUUAGGGGAGCUUGAAUAAAUAAAAUACAUUUGGCUGCUGCCCCAGUCCACAGCAGUGCAAUGUUAAAAAUGAAGCUCCUGUUAUACAAACAGAUGUUCAGCCCGCAGACCACAAACACUGCCACUGUAAAUACUAUAAAAUACUUGUAUGUCUCUUAAAAAUAAACAAUGUAUUUGGAUUAACUGAAGGCCAUUAAAGCAUUUGGUAGGAUGUUUUUAUAUUUUUCCGUUGUUGUAAUCAUGGGUAAACAAACCAUGAAGAUUAGAGGCCUCUGUGAUCUGAUGACUACCUCAUAGCGCACAGUGUGAUGUCCUGCUGCCAGCCAUAUUAAAAAUAUAUGAAUAUCUGUUUGAGAUAUAGUGUACAUCGUUAGGUGCCUUUGUUAUUUUUUGACAUCCAUUAAAAACUGCUGUUAUUUCCUUUUUUA